AUGGUCGUGCUGGGGCUGUUCCAGCUAGCCUUCAGCACGCUCUGCGUCGUCAGCGGGUUCAUAGACGGUGUUUUCAGAACGGAGUCACAGCUGGGCAGAACCAGAGCUCCAGUCUGGGCUGGGAUGGUGAUGGGAGUCCCAGGCGUCCUGGCUUUGUUUUCCUCCCAGAGGAAGAAUCCAGUUCUCGUGAAUGUGCUUAUAGUUGCCUCCAUAAUCUCUUGUGUUGCCAUCCUCAUCGUAAUAGUUUAUAGCUCCCUCACGCUGAACUAUGGUGAAGAGGAGGAGCUGAGCUCUGUCCCGGUCCAUGUUAUCCAUACAAGGUUCGUCCUCAAUAAAGUAGUCAAGGGUGCUAACGUCACCAUGCUGGCUGCAUCCAUCUGCAGUGCUUUUGUUGUGCUGGUCAUGGCUUACUUGGGAUGCCGGAGUCUUCCACGCUGCUCCUGCUACGAUAGCGAAACCGGGAUGGAAUGGUUGCAACCUAGUGAGGACCAAAAUCAGGCUGUGGAAAUGGUUUGCGCUGUACAAAGUCCCGGGGGCAGAAUUUUUAACUUCCCAGAUCGGUUUCCAGCCCAGGACUUGGACGCAGAGGAAGACGCAUCCAAACCUCCACCAUAUCCUAAAGCAGAUUUUGCCUUCGAAAGGAGCCGCUUGCUGGAAGUAGUUGCUGAAAUGCGCUGCUCGGCCACUGCCUCGGCGCUGGGUGGGCGUUACGGUCCCGUCCAGAAACACCGUUCUGUAACAAGUCAUUCCACAGGAGAUGACACAUGUACCGGGUAUAACUUGACAACCUUUGGCCGCUGGUUGGACGGAGCGGUUAGCUUUUAUGGCAAGCACGCAGAGAACGCGCAUCACCAGCCCUUGCUGGAAUGCAGCCCCGUUUCCACGGGCUGCGGAGGACGACCCCCACGAGGAGGGUCCUGGCACAGCUCUGAGGCACCAGUCGAAUACUCAACCCCUUCCUCCCAGCCACGCUUCGACAGCGGUCCCUCGGUGGUGUCCAGGGACAGGCAGACCGCUGGCGGGUGUCGCAGCCUCUGGCUGUGA